GUAUAGUGCAAAGAUAUCUCGAUCGUGGAGAGAAAGCUGGUAACAUGCUAAGAUAGUGGAUGUUGGGAAGAAAACCCAAAUUUAUCCAUUUUGUUAAUAAUAAUCACGAAACAUCCUCAAAUUGUUGUGGCGACACCAUUGACAACCGGAUUACUAAAAAUUUUGGUUUCAGAUCCGAACAACUUUUCAUAAAACUGAACAAGUUCAAAAAUAGUUUUACAACCGUACUCAGUUGAGGACUUAAUAAUGUAAACUGAACUGUAUUCACUCAAGUAUAUUUUGUUAAUAUAUAUAUUUAUAUUUUUAACACGAUAAAAUAACAAGUAUUUGGUUACUUUCCCAAAUUAUGAACAUCGAGCUUUUGACCAACACUUAAGUUCAUAAUACUUCAGUAAAGAUGGACGCAGCCGGAGCGUACGGUGGUGGUAAAGCUGGAACUCCGUUUGAUCCAAUUCAAUUUGUUCAGCGCCCGCAAGUGAUAUUGCGAGGGUUGUGUUUGCUAUUUGCCAUCAUAGUAUUCGGCUGUAUAUCUUCGCAAGGAUGGGCGAAGGGAGCGGAAAAAGAGUAUUGCCUGUAUAAUGAUGAUUCGAAUGCAUGCAACUAUGGCGUCGGUAUUGGUGUUAUAGCGUUUCUGGCUGCAAUAGGCUUCCUUGUUGGAGAGUAUCUGUUUGAGCAAAUGUCAUCCGUAAAAACGAGAAAGCAUUACGUUCUUGGUGAUUUAGGUUUUUCUGGUUUCUGGUCAUUCUUAUAUUUUGUUGGAUUUUGCUACCUGACAAAUCAAUGGAGCAAUGCCGAGAGUCCACCACUUGGCGUUGGUGUAAAUAACGUUCAGGCAGCAAUAGCAUUUUCUUUUUUCUCUAUCUUCACUUGGGCUGGCUGUGCUUGGUUUGCUUUCCUGAGGUUCCGACAAGGUAGUGAGGCAGCAUUUGCUCCUAGCUAUGAAGCAGAUCCAGCUGCAAUGCCCGGAGGUGGCCCUUACACUUCGUAUCCCAUGGGCCAGGAAGCUGAUGCAGCAUACCAAGAACCUCCAUUCUCCGGCUCUCAAACACGAGGACCUGUGGGCACAGACUUCCAGGCACCUGCUUAUUAGCCAACAGAAGGCCACUUUCAGCUGUUAAGAGUAGCGAGUGUGCUGUGGGCCUGUGUGCCAGCCAUCAUACAGUGUCAUAGUCACAUUCCUUUCUGUGUACUUCAUGUUUAGCCCUGUUAUCUUGUUUUGGAAGUUGAGUACAUCACACCCAAUCUUGUGGAGUUGUUUACAUCCACACUGCCCAGAGUACCAUUUUUGUGUUUAUUCCUCUUCUUCCCAGUCUCUGGCAAGUGGCACUGGAGAUGUGCUGUAUGGGAAGCAGUAGUUGUGUCUUUAGGUGUGUGCUACUCUGUGGGCUGAGGAGCAGUCAGAAGGACCUUCCUCUGACCUGAUUACCUCUUGUAUAGCUCCCAAUGGGUGUGGGGCCUGGGGUAAGAGGCAGGCAAUUUCUGUGGAAAGCCAGGCUCCUCGCCCUGGGGAAGGGCCAAGCAUUGAAUUUCAUUGUUUUUAAAUUUUGUCUGUUAUGAUGCACAGUUAUACAGAUGUGUAAUUAUUCUAGUCCUUCACUGUUUCAGUGAACACCUUUGUUGAACAUCUAUGGUAGAUUAGAAAUCAUUUGUUAGAGUUGUCUGAUUUAACCAGAAGCUGAGAAAUAAAAAUAUAGCUGUAUAUAUUUAUUAUAUUAUCUGGCCAAAGUGCAGUUGUACUUGUUUUCAUUCUGUAGUCCACAUCUGUGAGCAUGUGAUGGUGUGUAGUUGCGACUGGACGUGGAAGUAAGUCAGUAGGGAUACAAGUACAGUUCAUGUAAGUCAUAGACUACUGUAUUGCAAAGUUAAACGUGUAAUAAAGUCAUUGUAUGUAAUCUAAGAGCUGCAUGUUCAUUUGAUGUAGUACUGAACAUUGCUGGCUGUUUAUUCAUCAUGUACAAACUAGCAGUUUGAGGCACAAGUUGGGGUACCAAAGUUGGCAUCAGCCUGCACCACAAGCAUUAAUGUAAUGUGUGUUUGUAGCUUGUUGGGUUGCUGAUGGGCACUUAGUGCUUACCAGUGCCUCUGUUAACUCUAGUUUCUUCCAGUAUUGUAACAGUAGUUGCUGUUUGUAGGCUAGGCACAUCCCUCUGUUAGUUGGAUGCCUGAAAUGCAAUACAUUUGUUGUAUUAAGUACUUUACUAAGACAUUUUUGUAUGUACAGAUGUAUUAAGUAAUAAGUUCAACUUAAGUUUAAUUUGUGUUUAUAUGUACUUUCUCUACAAGCCCCUGUAAAUACAUUUAUAUCAGACUUGUCAGAGUUUAUUUUUAAUAGAAUUAUUUUUACUAUGAACAGCUGUUAAAAUUAUGUCCUUGGGAGAUAAAUUUAUGGUGUAAAUAAUCUUGUAAAGGAUGUUGCAGCAAAAGAUCAACUCAUGACCUACCAUUCCUUUGAAUUCAUACAUUAAAAAUGUGUUCUGUAAUGGAGUGAAUGAUGACAACGAAACCUCACAAUUACUAGCUGGUGUUUUCUGAUUCGAUUCUGAUAAGAGGACUAUGUCUUGUGUGCCACUGAGCAAAUUGUCUCCAUGCUGUAGUAGUUGUACACCUCCCGUUUUGUAGGUUGCAUCUUCCUUUGCAUGGUGGAGGUGGUGCUCAUGUGUUACUAGCAGUUAGUGGCAAAAGAUUCUGCCUGUAAUAUUUAAUUGGUGUUACAGAGUUCAUCUUGAUGGAUUUUAGGAUGUGAAUCCUUGCCACUAUUUGCUUCAAUUUCAGUUAAUGCUUGUACUUACAUGAGCAGCAACCAGCAAAUAAUACAUGUCUUAAAAAUUAAUAUGUUGACAAAAUGUUAAUCAGGUAUAUACAAAUGUCUUCAGAUAUCUGUUCAUGAAUGUUAAGUCUUUUUUUCAGUGUAUUACAAUGGUAUGUGAAUAUUGAGAGUAUAGAGGACUUGAUACUUUGAAAGGCGUGUACAUCUGGCCAAGCAUUGAAUAAUUGAAAUUUGUCAGGCCCUCUUUCUGUUCAAUCAUGUUUAAUCAUUGUAUGAAUCUCAAGAACAUAUGUAUUUGAAAAUGUUGAUGGUUUUGACAAAUAAAACAUUUCAACCCACA